CCAACGGUUAUAUUUUGGAAUUCUGAUUUUGGUUUUCUGAUUUUCCGACCGUUUGAUAGAUUGCAACGGCUCUUUCGUAUAUCUAUAUAUAGCAUUUGACAAACUUAUUUCUGCAUAAUCUUAUCAUUUAUAAUUUCUAUUUCAAGAAAUAUAGAAAUAUGGCACCACGAGGUCCCAAUUUUACAACAGAAGAAGAUACAAUGAUAUGUAGAAUCCAUUUAGCCAUAUCUCAAGAUUCUGCUACCGGAACCGAUCAACCAGAAAGAGUAUUAUGGAGUCGGAUCAAAGAUAAGUUGGAAGAAGCCCUGCCUUGUAAACCAAAACGUACUUGGACUUCUAUCCAGAGUCGAUUUCAGGGAAUCAGUAGACAGGUUUCACUUUAUUCUGCAAAAGUGUUGGAAGUUGAUGGUGAAUAUCAUAGCGGAUGGAAUGAAGUCUCGAGGGUUGAAGAGAUAAGAAAGCGAUUCAAAGAAAGUAAUGGUAACAAAAAUUUAAGCACGAAGAGUGCUACGAAAUUCUAA